UCAUAAUGUACCCAACAAACAACACUCUCUCUCUCUGUUCCUCGGACUUUGAUCUUUCUGUAUUCCAAUACUUUAUCCAUUUUUGGCAUCUUGGUUGCUUUCCUCUCUUUCCAAAAUCGAAUCUUUCUCAUCAGGGGUUUCGUAGCGUGAUGGCUCUGUUCUGUCACAAUGAGUGCUCUGAAUAGGACCAUUUCCUUCAACAAAUCUUCCUCCUUCAAUCGAAGGACUCACGUGCUCGGAAGUCCAAGACCGAAUCACAAUCACAACCGCACCGGAUGCGUUUUUCUAAGGUUCCAGGUUCUCGUCAUCAUCGUCUCCGUCAUUUCCUUCUUCGUAGCCGUAGGUGGUGGCUACAUAUACGUGCUUCCGAGCCUAAGCCGCGCCUUUUUCAAUGCCCAAGUUCUCUUAUCUGAAGACAACAACAAUGGAUCAGUGAGAGAAUGUGAUGUCUUUGAUGGAACAUGGGUGCAGGUUAAAGAUCAAGGUCACACCUUGUACAAUGCCACUGAUUGUCCCUUUGUGGAGCGAGGGUUCGAUUGUUUAGGGAAUGGGAGGAGUGACAGGGAUUAUCUUGGUUGGAGGUGGAAACCUAGGAGUUGUGAGAUUCCGAGGUUUGAUGUGCGUGGUGUUUUGGAGAUGUUGAGGAGCAAAAGGGUUGUUUUUGUUGGUGAUUCGAUGAGUAGGACGCAGUGGGAGUCUCUGAUUUGUAUGCUCAUGGCUGGGGUUGAAGAUAAGAGGGGUGUUUAUGAAGUGAACAGGAAUCAGAUAACAAAGCGGAUUAGGUUCUUAGGGGUUCGGUUCAGUGCAUUCAAUUUCACCAUUGAGUUUUUCCGUUCGGUUUUUUNNNCUCAGCAGGGUCGGAUGCCUAGACAUGCACCGAGAAGGGUCAAAUCCACACUUUUAUUGGACAAGUUGGAUGAUAUAAGUGACCAGUGGGUUAAUUCAGAUAUUCUGAUUUUCAAUACUGGCCAUUGGUGGGUGCCAUCUAAGCUUUUUGACAUGGGUUGCUAUUUCCAGGUUGGAAGCUCUCUGAAGCUUGGGAUGUCAAUUCCUGCUGCCUUUAGAAUAGCACUUGAAACUUGGGCGUCAUGGAUUGAGAGAGAGAUUGAUAAAAAUAGAACACGCAUCUUCUUCAGGACUUUUGAGCCAUCUCACUGGAGUGAUCUUACCCGUAGGAUUUGCAAUGUGACCCAGUACCCGACGUUAGAAACUAGUGGAAGGGACCAAAGCUUGUUUUCAGAUACAAUUUUAGAAGUUGUAAAGAAUGUUACUAUUCCUAUAAAUGUUCUCCAUGUUACCUCUAUGUCUGCUUCCCGGAGUGAUGCACAUGUUGGUAACUGGAGUGACAACCCAUCCAUUCAAGAUUGUAGCCACUGGUGUCUUCCCGGGGUGCCCGAUAUGUGGAAUGAAAUUGUCCUGUCCCAACUUUUUCAUGAAUCUGGAAUCCCUUUUCAGCAAAUUGAAUCACUCGGUCAGAUACUCUACAUGUUUCUACUUCCCACUGUGUCUUCAGUCAUAAGCUCAUAAAGAACCCCAUAUCAAAGAGAGAACGAGCAUACUUGUCUGAGUUGUCUCUUACCUUCUAAUUCUUCAUUUUUUGAAAAGAAUUACAUUUCACAUAUUUUAUUUCUGG